CGCGCGCAGCGCCCGAGCCGCAGCGGGAGCCGGAGCCCGCGGGAGGAGCGGCGCCGGAGCCGGCACCCACGGCGGGAGGGGCGGCGGCGGCCGGAGCGGCCUCGGGAGGCGAGCGGAGCCGCCAUGGCCGAGUUCCCGGCGAAAGUGAGCACCAGGACCAGCAGCCCCGCGCAGGGCGCCGGCGCCUCGGUCUCGGCGCUGCGCCCCGACCUGGGCUUCGUGCGCUCCAGCCUCGGGGCGCUCAUGCUGCUGCAGCUGGUGCUGGGGCUGCUGGUGUGGGCCCUGAUUGCUGACACCCCGUACCACCUGUACCCGGCCUACGGCUGGGUGAUGUUCAUCGCUGUCUUCCUCUGGCUGGUGACAAUCGUCUUCUUCAUCCUCUACCUGUUUCAGCUGCACAUGAAGUUGCAUAUGGUGCCCUGGCCGCUGGUGUUAAUGAUAUUCAACGUGGGCGCCACGGUUCUCUACAUCACGGCCUUCAUCACCUGCUCCGCUGUGGUCGACCUGACCUCCCUGAAGGGCACCCGGCCCUACAACCAGCGGGCAGCCGCCUCGUUCUUCGCGUGUUUAGUGAUGAUCGCCUACGGAGCGAGCGCCUUCUUCAGCUUCCAGGCCUGGCGGGGAGUGGGCAGCAACGCGGCCACCAGUCAGAUGGCUGGUGGCUACGCCUAGACGCCAGUGCCACGGCCCACCUUGGGGCUGAAGGCUGCAGCCGGGUCACCAUGCAGGGUGGCCCGCAAGCCCGAGGCCUGAGCUCUGCGUGGAUCAGCCUGGAAGGGCCUACACUGGCUCCUCUGCUCGUCACUCGGGCUCGCCUGACACUCCUAAGGCACUGGGAUCCCUCCUCUGGUUUGGCCCAAGUCGGCACGCGUGCGGACUGGAGAGAGUCCGACAGCUGAGACCCCUCCUCCCCAUCCCCCUCAUUCAGCAGGUGACGGGGGACACGGGGCUCCCAGUCUCCGCUUUGUCUUUAGAGGACUCUAGAGCCCAGGCUGGGGCCCAGCCUUCUCCCCAGCACUAAAUGCACUAACAAGGACUCCAGACCUGCCGCCCCUCACCCACCACAGAAUACACCUAACAAGCAACGUGUAUUUCUCCCAGUCUUUGUUCUGGGAGAGCUGAGCAAGCUCACGAAACCCUUCUGAUUCCUUACAAUACGGUUCUGCCCCGACACCCACCCAAGCCAUGUCUGUGUAGAGACACUUGUAGAAAGAGUGUUAUGCUUCCCGACAGCAUGGUCUUCCUUUCCUGCAUUUCAGAUGUACCAGUUACUUAAAGCAAAUGGGUUCUAAGCGACGUCUCAGUGAUGUUCACCCGUCCAGGCAUUCCGCCCUUUCCCAGCCCCGGCUGUAACAUUCCCUUUGGGACAGCUGCCAACUGCUCCCCGAGGCCGUUGAUGAGGCACACGGGACACGAGGGAGGGAGGGACUCAAGACCUCGCCCGGUGACUUGCCAUGUGCUUGGUGGUGACUUUGUUGUUUUUGGUUUUUUUUACAAAAAUAAAGAUGGAAGAACUUAUUUGGAAAAGAUG